ACCUUUUUCAUCGUUACUUUUUUUUGUUUCACCCGUUUUCUUCAAUUCUCACACUUCGUUAUGGAUUUUCGUACUUCCAUUUGGGUUGUAUUUCUCACCCUCGCUAUGUCCGGUGUUUUCACGGCAGCUGCGGUAGACUUUUUGGAUUACGACGAAACUCGGAGUAUCGUUCGCGACGGGUUUCAGGCCUUCGCCGAAUACGCAGACACGGCCAAUGUAGAGACGACAGAAAAUUGUACGGAGAGAUCCGUCUAUGAUUUUCCGCCUGACUUGUUCACGAGGUCUCAGCGGGAACAGGGGGCUGUCACACUCCAUUUUUUUGCCGGUGUAUACACGUUUUUUAUGGUCGCUCUUGUCUGCAACGAUUACUUUUUACCCGCCGUUGAUUGCAUUUGCACGGAUUUGAAGAUCAGCCGGGAUGUUGCAGCCGCCACUUUCAUGGCAACUGCGACAUGCACUCCCGAACUCUUCGUCAAUCUGAUUGGAACUUUCCUUACGGAAUCUGACCUCGGAAUUGGGGCGGUGGUCGGAUCCGGCGUCUUCAAUACUUUCGGGGUUGCUGCUUGUGGCGGUUUGGCCGCAGCUGGGGGUAUUCAAAUGGAAUGGUGGCCACUAUCUCGAGAUUGCAUCAUCUAUUCGCUGUCCAUCGCCCUGCUAGCAACUAUGAUGUGGGACGGUGUGAUUACAUGGCGAGAAUCCAUGGUACUGAUGAUCCUGUACUUCAUUUACUUCGUCAUUCUAUUUUGUGACAAAAUGACCUCGCGUUGGGCUAAUCAAUGUAUCGGAAAGCUUACGAGGAAGAACAAGACUCUCGCAGAAACACCUGCCAAGGAUAUUCCGGAGAAAGACGAAACCUUCGGUACUUAUCGGCCCUAUUUUCAUGGCGAGCUCGUCAUCGAAUAUAGACAUAGUGUGUCCGUGAGAACGUCGAUGGCGAAGUCACAGACCAACGGAUUUCCGAUCAAAGCAAUGGAGGCCGCUGAGCCGGUCGAGGAGUAUGUGGAACCAGGAACACCGUUCACCAUUCCGAAAAGAUCACUGUGCGGAAAGAUAUGGUGGUUCUUUUUAUGGCCACUGCGUUUGCUGCUUUUCAUCACCGUUCCGGACUGCAGAUUUAAAAAAUGGAGAAGAUUUUACCCGCUCACGUUCAUAAUGUGCAUAUUCUGGAUCGCGGUAACAUCGUACAUCGUUUCAUGGAUGAUAACGGUGGUCGGUGACACAAUAGGAAUAGCGGACGCUGUGAUGGGACUCACGUUUUUGGCUGGCGGAGGAAGUUUGCCGGAAGCAGUGUCCAGUGUAAUAAUGGCCAGACAAGGCGACGGUGCGAUGGGCCUGAGUAACUCGAUCGGAGCCAACACUCUCGACAUUCUACUUUGUCUGGGACUGCCAUGGCUGAUAAAGACCACGGCACUUGGAACUAACAUUGAAAUAGUAUCUGCGACGCUUAAUUACAGUUUUCUAACCCUAAUGGUAACCGUGGUAUUGCUCUACGCCGUGAUUGCGGUGAAUGGUUAUCGGCUGAACAAGAAGGUCGGAAUCGGCUGCUUCGCCAUGUACAUCGGCUUCUUGGUCUUCGCGGUUCUCCUCGAGUCCAACGUGUUCAUCUUCGUCAACUGGCCAAUGUGCGACGCGACGGACUGAAAUUUGAACACAGACACGCGUAGAUAGCGGUGACAAAUUUGUCAAGGAAAAAUUACUACCUGCACUCCUGCUGUAGUGACUUGUCCUCGUUAGCGUUCCCUGAUCCCAG